AUGACAGCAAACCGAGGAACUUCUACUGUCAGAGACAAUAACAACAUUGAGAGAUUGCUAGUCACACCUCCAUACAAGCUUCAUUAUCGUUCUACUCUCCGUUCUAUGGAUCCUAUUCUUGGAAAGAAACUUGAUUUGUCUAGUCUUGUUUUGAAGUGGAUAUGGGCAAAGUUAGAAGCAUCUAGAGUGACUCUUCCAUAUGGAGGUGCUUUGAACCUAAUUUUUGCUCAGCUUGAUGUUACUACACCUUCCGAGGAUAUAAGGUCCGACCUUCAGACCUUUUAUAAGAAUUUUUCCUCACUUAAUCAGCGCCUCACUUGUAUCGAGAAAUAUCAUGCUAGCUCAUCCCGAGGUGAUGAUCCUAUGGACACUAGUUUGGCCCCUCAAAGUGAUGACGAAGAUACUGAGGAAGGAAGUGACGAAGGUGAAGAAGAGGAAAGUGAAGGAGGGGAACGUGAAGAAGAGGAAUGUGAAGAAGAAUAA